GGCAAUACGAGCCCGCAUCAAAAUGAUGAACUGUAGAGAAGCACGUUUGCUCGCGAAGGCGGCGCACGCAGCCAAGCCUCGGAGAGGCGCGCCGCUCAAUACCCUGCGGACGGCCAAGGUGUCCCAACCUACGGUCUCUGCUCGACUACUCUCGUCUCCGAGUCGUGCUCCUGUUCCAGCAAUUGUCCUUCCAUGGCUCCGCAGGCCCACACUGUCACCCAACUCCAGCAUGUGGGUGAGACGUUGCGUCCCAAUCAUGAACCUCUCACUUGCACUGGACAAGAUGACGCUCGACCCCGUUCCCUCUGGCGCUAUGGACGAUCUCUGUAGACUCUUCAGCAAAAUGAGUGUAGAAGACGUCCCACCCGCAGCUAUCGACGACCUGUGUGACGCACUCGCCAGGCUGUCCUUGAACGACCCUGCGAUGGACGACCUAGCGAACUCCUUCGCAGGCAUGACACUUGGGCAACACUCGGAGUCUGUCGAAGACUUAGCACCCAUGUUUGGCCAGUUUACACUGCACGAUUCCACGCCCGAGUCUUGCGAUGUGCUCACGGAGGUACCUGUCACACAAACGGACCUACAAAGCGCCCCCACCGAAAAGGAACCAAUCGCGGACGUCAUCGAACUCAACACGCAACCCGGCGGAAUCGAGGACAACACGUACCUGCCGCUCUACGAGUCUGAUCUCGUCGCUGGGGCCAUUCUGCCGCUUGGCACUCGCCCAGGGGAUUGGCACACAGCGGCAGAGCCUGUCUCCUCAGGAUAUCCCGGACACGCAGCAGACUCCGAAUGGACACCGCUCGAGUGGGGCAAAAGACAAAUUUGGAUCUUUGCAUGCACGACGAAAGACAGCGGCCACUUCGAUUCUCCCCGGUACGCCUAUGCAAUCUCUUCGGUACCUCCACAAUACAUUUCGAUCUUCAAGCUUCAGGUCUCGCUUCUGAACUGGAAGAAGCCUCUCGAGCUCAACUCUGCGUUUUGCUUGCGUGCUGCAGUACUGUAUGAUACCCGGGAUUGA